CAACAACAACAACAACAACAACAACAACAACAACAACAACAGCAGCAGCAGCAGCAACAAUUACUCGCGCAGGACAUGUCUUCAUCACCAUCUGUAGGAUAUGAAUGGGAGCAGGAACCAUCAUUGGGCCCCAGCCAGAUGGCCUCUGCACUAUCGCUUGACAUCCUGCUCUGCAGCAUGGGUCCCUCCCCCUCGUCAGUACCUACCGCCGCCUCGGGUUCAAGUUCAGCCUCACCAGAGACAGACCAGGGCAUGUUUGGCCUUGGACAUCCUCAGCAACAUCAACAUCAACAUCAGCCAAUAUCGUCAAUUCCCCUAGUAUCUUAUGGAAACGAAUUCGAUUCCCAGGAUCUCUCGCUCUCAUCCAUACCAUCCUCACCAUCUGCAUCUCCGAUGUCUCCUCAGCAGUCACUGGCAACAGUUUCCGCGCUUCCUCAACCGACGUACUAUGAGUUGCUGAUGGCAGCCAACCCGAACGAGCCACUCUCACAGCUGUUGUCGACGAGUGCAACGACUAUGGCCUCUUCAUCUUUUACGGUCACCUCACCAUCGCCAAGCGUUCUUCCGUCCCAGGAUCCCGCAUCGGCGUACUCUGUUAUUGACGCGACCAUGCCCUCUUCGAUCACGAUCACCUCGUCCUCGGCAGGUGAAGGAACGCCGGCAGGGAUUCCCCACCCGGAGGAGAUGCUGACGGCUGUAGCAUCUUCAUUCACAAUGGGUGUGGGCGCGUAUCCAGUUGGAGUUGGAGCUGGAGUUGAAGCUGGAUCCCUGGCGCAUGGUGAGCAACCUCAACAACAACAACAACAACAACAACAACAACAGCAGCAGCAGACGAUCCCAUUGACGACUAAGGAGAUCAUGGACGCACUUUCUGGUCAGUUCCCGAUCCAACCCAUAGCGCCGAUGGCGCCUGAGCUCUCCGCGGUAGAGACUGUGCAGUCAGAGACGAGUAUGGAGGACCCACAACAGCCACCAGAGGAGCAGCAGUCGUACGGUACGAUCCAGUCCCAGCUAGUGGGUCCUGUUCCUUCAGGAUCAACUUUGCCACUGACGUCGAUGGAUAUUGCCACAACACCGUUGCAGCAGGAUUCGAUGACGACGGCAGUUCUUGUGAACAUCCAGACGACCGAUAUUCCUUCUUUGGAAUGUGCGGGCACGAGCGUGGAGUCUUUGGGAUCGGGUAUGGAGUCUAGACCUGUGGAAUCCUUUGUGGUCAGUACUGUGGUUUCGUCAGUUUCAGCUUCGAAGGCGGGGUCGACCGAAGAGCUGGAAACAAGGGUCCGACCACAACCAAAGAAGGAUUCUUGGGAUGAGGAUUGUGACAUGUUGAGCCCACCACCGCUUUCUCAGUUUGACGCGGAAGAAGAAGAAGAAGAACACUCGGCUGUUUCUGCCGCUGCUACCGCUGCAUCUAUCGUUUCAGUGUCCUCGCCUGAUCGUCAGUGCGACUCUCAGGAUGUGAGCAUGGACCCCUCACCUUCGACCUCGUCGUUCUCCAAGGGCACACGCUCCCCUCGCCGGCCAAAGAGCUCCACUGUCGGUCGCCGUGCUUCUUCCCGACCACAGACCCGUCGUUCUCGGGCCCAGUCCGAGGCCGAUUCUUUGUCGAGCCGUCUGCACGAUAUCAUGGCCCCGUCCGCGGAGGAGAGCACCAGCCUAGCCGUGACCUCAUCGUCCAAGCGCCGCAAAGUCAGCGACGACGAUGCCUGUCCCUCGUCAUCAUCAUCGUCAUCGUCCUGUUCUAGCCCAGAAUCUUCGCCACCCUCGCCGAGGACCCCACCACCGAUCUCGGAGAGCCAGCAGCAUCAUCACCAUCAUCAUCAUCAAUGUGCACAUCAGAAACGAAGUCUCUCUUUGCAGGAGAAUCGUCUCGAUGAUGGCAAUAAUCAACAACAGCAGCAGCAGGGAGAGGAAGGGCGGUUUGAGAUGGAGCCGUCAAAGCGGUGCAGGACGAAUAUCGAUAACGAUGUAAAAACGGUGAUGGUGGGCAACAAGGUCCCAGAUGUGGUCGUAGUGGAUGUGGAAGGGGCGAUGAAGACAAGCAAGUCGGGUGCGUCGUCGGGGACGAAAUCGCAGCUGGAUGAGGUCGAGGGUCAAGAUGAGGAUGCGGGCAUCCUCUCACCCUCGCUUCUGACGCGGCAUCCGACAAGACAGUCCACGAGGAUCUUGCGCCGGACUUCCGGUCGCAUGCAGGCGGUGGCGAGCUCUUGUGGAGCGGGAGCCGUGGCCGUGGUUGCGACUGUGGCCGUAGGUGCAAGUGGUGGUAAUGCCACGAAGGUCACUGCUGCUUAAAAAAAAAAAAAAAAAAUCGAGUUUCGUCGGAGCCCCUUCCUUGUUUUUUCUUCUUUUUUUUUGGUUGUAGUUUUUUUUUUGUUACUUUUUUUUUUCUGUGCUGUUUACUUUCCCCAUCCCAUGUGUGCUUUACUAUGUACCCUUCCCCCAUUGUUUGUACAACUUAAUUAAUGGUCUCUUAACGACGGACGAUCUCCCCUUCCGAUUUACACCCUUCCACGGAAAUGUAGUCUAGUCUUUUUCCUCUAAUUCUUUUUUUUUUUUAUUUUUUUUU